AUGGGCUACAACAAUCCACUUCUGUCCUACAUUGACGCGGUCCACUUCUUUCGCAAGGGCAAGGACAUUCUGGCCGAGGGAUAUGUCAAGUACCAAGGUGGUUUCUACAAGGUUGCCUUAUGGGACAGAUGGUUGGUGAUGGCCACCGGGCCCAUGGCGGAAGAGCUGCGCCGCCUGCCGGACGACACCAUGUCCUUCAUGGAUUUUAUCACUGAUUUCCUGGCCACGAAGUUUGUAUUUGGGAAUGCGGUCAUAGAUAAUCCGUACCAUCUACAUUUAAUUCCGUCUAAGCUGACCAAAAACCUGGGAACGUUGUUUGGUGAAGUCCGCGAAGAGGUUUUACUUGCCUUCGAAGAACUUGUCCCUGAAAACGGUGACGACUGGGUAAUUCUUCCAGCUAUGGACACAGUGAGGACGAUUGUCUGUCGCACUAGCAACAGAUUCUUCGUCGGAUAUCCAUUGUGUAGGGAUAUCGGAUGGCAGAACCUAAACAUGCGCUUUGCGAUGGAAAACCAAGUUGCUCAGGAUCGCUCGAUGCUGAUACCGGACCUGCUCAAGCCGUCACUCGCACCUUUACUGCUCAACAUGGGCAAGACAGUGAAAGAGGCAUCAGUCUUCAUGCGACCUCUCGUAGAAGAGCGCCAGCGACAAUACAAUCAAUACGGAAUCGACUACCCUGACAAGCCUAAUGACUUCCUCGCAUGGAUGAUGGACGUUGCCGAGGGACCGACUCGCGGCCUCGACGACAUGGUGAGAAGGAUUCUGCACCUCAACUUCUCAGCAAUACACACCUCCACUCUGACUAUGACACAUGCCAUCUAUGAUUUGGCGACGAAUCCUGAACUUUGGCUGCAACCUCUUCGCGAAGAGGUGGAGCGAGUGGUUGCCGAGGAAGGGUGGACUAAGAUUGCGAUGACCAAGAUGCACAAGAUCGACAGUUUCAUCAAAGAGUCAAGUCGGAUUAACUCGUUCAGCGGGAUCAGCCUCAUGCGCAUGGCGCUGAAAGAUCACACGUUCUCCGACGGCACGUUUGUGCCCAGGGGAACGUCUCUCGCUGCGCCGGCGAUUGCUACGCAUGAAGAUUCGUCGAACUACGACGAUCCUUUCACGUUCAACCCGUGGCGCUUUUCCGAUUUGAGAGAAGGAAGCGAGACCGCAAAGCACCAGCUCGUGAACACAUCCCCGGAGUUCCUAACCUUCGGACAUGGCAAGCAUGCGUGCCCCGGCCGCUUCUUCGCAGCAAACGAAAUGAAGAUGAUGCUCGCACAUAUUGUGAUGCAUUACGACGUGCAACUCGAGAAUGGGUCGCGGGUCCGGCCCCCCAACUCCUACUUUGCGGUGAAUUGUCUUGCGGAUUCCACGGCGAAAAUAUGCCUUCGCAAGAGACAGGAUUACGGGUAG